AUGCACUGUAGUCUCAACUGUAUGAUCCGUCAGCCGACAGCGGAAGACUUCCUCAGACCCGACCACCCACUACCCGCGCCGCCACCUGAAGUGUACGAUUCAGAUCAAGACCUUCCAGUCAUCGAACCAGACUCAUAUCUCCACGAAGAUUUCAACAAUGAGCACGAGCUACAACAAUCAUCCGCAGGCGUUCCUGAACGGUAUCCUACGACAGCUAGUGUCAAACCUCACUCUAAACUCGAAUUGAGGUUGAACAACAAGCGCUCUCAGUCUGAACUCAUUCGACCUUCACACGUGCCUGCUCCUACGUACGAGUCGACAAUGUCCGAGCAUCACACCACGCCCGUACGUGUACCGGCCAUCGGCGUUGACAUGUACCAGCCAGCUCUGGGAGGCUUACAAACGCUUUCGGGUAUACAACGUAGUAACUCGAAGCGUGAUCGCAUCAAGCGCUUCAUGAGCGGUCUUAAUCCCUUUCACCACGUACGAAAGUUUGGGCGCCAACAGAGGGGCUAA